GUUUAACCGGUUCACACAUUAUCGAUAUUAUAACAUAUUUUUAGAUUUGUUCUUAAAUUUGUAGUCAUAAUAUGUGAUAGAUAUACCAAAAUGAUUUAAAAACAAGUUUUUGUUAUCAUUUAGAUAAAUUUAUAGAUAUUUUAUAAUUCCAAUUGGAUUUUUGAAAGUAACGACCACUUGGGCGGGCUUUUUCGAUAGCGAAUUCCUUCACUUUAACCUUCGGUCACUCUGACAUCAACAAAAGGCGCGCGGUGCCGGCAAUUAUUAAGAUAAUUCGCGAAAUUUGUAAAUAAGCUGAAUUAGUGAAAGGGAAAGCCACUCAAUAUGUCCACCGGCUCCUCCAGCAACGCCUGCAAACUGCUUCUGCUCGGACGCUGCCUUCGUGCCGUGCUCCUGAGUGCAGGAAUUCAGUUUCAGCUCCUGCUCGUGUUCCUACUAUUGGUGAACUUCCAGCUCCUGAGCCCACUGGACUGGGUUAGUGGAACAGUCGGUCUAAUAUGCAGCUGGUACACCUGGUUUGCCAGCAUUCCGUUACUAGCGGCCGUCGUGGUCUACGGAGUGUCCUUGUGCCAGCAGCACUUGGUGGAGCGCCCCUACUGCCCCACUCGUUACCGAUGGAUUCUGCAUUACGGGCCGCGAAAACUCUUCUUCCUGGGUGCUCACCUUCUGGUGGGUUUUCUCACGGCCUGGCUGUACACUGGCUACCUACAAACCGACUACAGGCAUCUUAGUUACAAGUGCUACGGCGAGGACUGCAUAAGUGGCUACCACGUUUAUAUGCUUGGCAUGGGUCUUACAGCCGGUUGCUACUAUUUUGUGUCUGUGCAUAAACGGCAAGAAGUCUCCAUCAAGUUUCCCAUUGUGGAGCAAACCCUUGGCGAGAAACUCCGUGAGCUUCUUUACGCCACCUUGGCGCGAUCCUUGGUCCGGUCAAUACUCCCAACCCUCAGCUAUACUAUGGUCUUUUGGAUUUUGGGACGUCUGGUAUGCCAGAGACUAUGUCAUAUCUUAGACGUAAAUAUGGAUGAGCGAAUGGACGGUUUCUUUGGUGUUGUUAGCAAUGUAAAGCUACUUUUCUAUGGCUGGCUGCUGACGGCCCAGAUCCUGAGCAACAUGCAUCUGAUGCGUAGCUUCUACGGCAUACUGCUGUGCGAGGAUCUGCCACUGGUGAUAACCAAGCAAAAAGCAGCCUUCGCAAGCGAACAGGAAAUCACUUUGGUGUCCUGCCUUGGAGUCUUCAACGUGUACGUCGUUCAAUGCCUCGCCGCCAAUUACUUCUAUAAGCUGGCAAUGCGAAAGGACUCAAAGCAGCGCGCGGAAAUCUUCCAGCUAACAGAGCCCGGCAACCGUCCGGCCAACUGGAGGGCUCUCUGCGAUCAGUGCCUAGUAAUUUUAAACAGCUUUACAGAUGAUCUGGUCGAGUCUAUGCAAAAGAUUAGUGUGCUCAAGGGGGCCCAAAACCUGCCACUGCCACAGACAAUUGACUCUACCAGCACAAGCAUCAUGGCGGAAAGACUAUUGCUGCGCCAGUAUAACCAGUUGCACGGUAUCCGGCAAAUAGCCUCGCCUCCACGGAACGUCGCAAUGGAUCAGCCGGCUGAUGGCAUCCGGCACAUGCCCAACUGGUGUGAGCGGGUUUCGACGCAACUGGAGGAGGCUCUGCAUCGGCUGGUGAAAAGAGUUCCUGGAAUUUUAUACCUUUUUAGUGAGCCUGAGGGUUCAAAGACCAACUUCUUGUUGGUCAACUCCCAGCCCCUAGUCUACGUCACCCAGGCUCUGGCCCAAAUCUGCGCGGCGUCCCUAAAUGAGGACCGGUACGGUGUGGUGCAAAACGACCUGCCGGCCAUUGUCAAAGCUAUUAAUAAGUUACGCGGGGAGCUUGACAAACUGAACAGCGUGAUGGGCAACCUACGGGCUCCUAGCUCAGAGUUCAACGUUCUACGAUCCGCCGUGCGACGCAGUCUCUACACUAUUUGUAACGCUUUCUGCGACUAUCUGGGGGAUCUGUUGCCACCUGGGGAGGAGCUCCACCAACUUCAGGCCUUCAUUCAACAGGAGUAGAAGGAUCUCUACACCAGCUCAUCAUCACUCAUCUUGUAAACUGUUUUUCAUCUCUAUUUAGUUGUUAUCUGCGGUAACAAUAAAAAUUAAUAAAUACAACUAGAAACGUACAAUAGUUAUA